AUAAAAGUGUGAAAGAGUUAGAUUUUUGGAGUUUAUUUUUUAACUCUGACUAAAGUUUGUGUUAUGGGAUACUCCUUGGCUGUGUUUUAUUUUGGAGUUCAUUCAUCGGUGUUAAGGAGCGUGUUUUAACACCAUGUCUGGAGUUAAAUGUUAAGAAAGUGCGCCAUGACACGACCCUGGUUCAGCAGCACGAAGGACUGAUGGAGUUUUGUACUUCGUCGUGACUCGUGAGGUAUGUAAAAGCGUAUUUAUAUACAUAUUAAAAAUAUAUAUUUCAAAAUGUUUGAUAUUUUCUGACGGAGAUACGUUUUGUCGUAGCUGUUACGUUCUGUAUUGUAAUGUCGUGGCGAACUGUUGACCGUUAAGUUAACUCGGAACAUGUGGCUGAUUUGUGCGGUGUUUUUUUCUUUGUUUUUUUUUUUUUUUCUGAUGUGAACGAGCUAACAUUAGCAUCUUUCCUUUCACCAUGUUUCUGAAAAUGUGUGUUUUUCCGUCAAACUGAAGAGGUGACUCCGCUCAAAAAAACCUUAGUCGACGAGGUAAUAUCUUGUAUCCAGCAGCAGCCUUAUGUCUGUAGCAUUGCCUAAUGUUUUAAUAAACUGCAGGGUACCCUGCUAAUAAGAUACAUUUUGAGCCGUGAAAGUGUAGGCCUGUACUUUUUUGAAUUGUAACAGCUAUGAUAAAUACGUCUGAGAGCGCGUGGUUUUCAGCUUACACUUACACACACACACACACACACAGUUUCUCAAUCACACUAACAUUAGUUGUUAUGUUAAAUAACAUGUUUUCUCUUUAAUUUCAGGUCAAGAUGUUGAUAAAAGUGCAACUUGGAGGGAAGAAAAAAUAUAUAAAACUGGAAGAAGUUUGUUUCUCAGAUUUUCUUAGUGCAGUCCAACAGAAGUUUAUGAUAUCAGAGAAUACAACAUUGAAAGUCACAGAUGACCAGGGCAUAGAGGUGGAUGAGGAUGUAUUCCCAGAACUUGCAACAACCAAAGAAAUGUGUUUUAUCAUCCACACUGAUGAUGAACUUCUGUUUGCUGAAACAUCCAAGAAUUCUGUUGACUUCUCAGACCUGACAGAGUUUGGUGCCUCUUCAAAUCAGACAGAAUAUGUUACGCUCACUACUUGUGAUUUGACUGUCCUGCAGCAAGGGGUUGUUGAAGGACCCUCCUCCCCAAGUCUGACAGAUACAUUGUCUGUCUCAAGCAGAUUAAGCAGCAGUGAUUCUGGAUCUCAAAUGCUUCAACCUUUAACGGACAGUUUCAGUGCAAGAAAUAAUAUAAAGCAAAUUCUUACUUCAAAGACAGCAGGGAUGACUGUGAUCAAAGAGUAUGAAGACACUGGGAGUUUGAAAGAUUCCACAAGGCGGUUAAUGGUGAACAUAAUUGUAGCUCACAUGCAUGAAAAAGAAGGGAGAACUGUUAGUAAAGCAACAAAGGAGUUCCAUGCCCUUGGGAUUGUGUCCCUGUUCCCAUCUUUGAAAGACCCAUACUCUAAAAAAGGAUAUGAACAUUUCUAUGACAUUCAGAGCAACAAAGGCUUUCUUGAGUGGCGUAUAAAGACCGUGCAACGUAAAUCCAGAACCACCUCUGCAUCACAGAGCAGAGUGGAGCUGAAAGGAGGUCCCACAUUAUCAAGAACGAUUGGAACUAUAGAUGACCAGCGAAUAGGAGAUGAAUGUCUGGAAGCUGUGUCUCUCCUCAAUCACACAACUGACCGUGACUUAGUGUUCCAGAAGAUGAGAGAAACUUUCCACUACCGUCAGCAGAUUCUUCACAACCCACAGCGCUCAGCUGAUGUACUACAAAUGUUUCCUCGUUUCUUGGACAUCAAAGGACUGGUAAAUAUUAAAUAA